AUGUCAUCGAGCAUUGAGCUCAUAAACCCCAAGGCGGAGAGUGUCCGUCGUGCGGCGGCGCUGCAGGUGAAUACGACAGGCGCAAUGGGCCUCGCCAAUGUUGUAAAGAACAACUUAGGUUUGCGUUUACAUAACUAUCGCAUGGUUUCUGUGAGUUCGACAAAGAUUAUAGGUCCUAGAGGUACCUUGAAAAUGCUCGUGGACGGUGCAGGUCAGAUCAAAAUGACCAAGGAUGGGAAGGUGCUUCUAUCCGAGAUGCAAAUUCAGAAUCCAACAGCUGCUAUGAUUGCAAGGACAGCGGUCGCACAGGAUGAUCAAGUUGGAGAUGGGACGACAUCAGUUGUACUUCUGGUCGGAGAGCUGCUUAAACAAGCCGAUCGUUAUAUCUCAGAGGGCGUGCAUCCCACUGUCAUUGGACAAGGAUUUGACUUGGCAAAGAAGGAGGCGCUUGCUUUCUUAGAGACGUUCAAGCGACCAUCGAAGUUGGACCGUGCUACUCUCAUCAACGUUGCGUAUACUUCACUAGCCACCAAAGUUAGCUCGUCUCUCGCAAAGCAGUUGGCGGCAGACGUUGUCGAUGCGGUUCUUACUAUCAGGCCGCCUCAGCCAUCAAAAGAAUCUCCUGCCCAAUUCCGCGACCCAAUCGAUUUGCACAUGGUUGAGAUCAUGAAGAUGCAGCAUCGGACCGCAUCUGAGACUCAACUCAUCCGCGGACUUGUUCUUGACCAUGGCGCAAGGCAUCCUGACAUGCCAAAACGUGUCGAAAACGCGUUCAUUCUCACUUUAAAUGUCAGUUUGGAAUAUGAAAAAACCGAAGUGAAUUCUGGCUUCUUCUACUCAUCGGCUGAACAACGCGAAAAACUCGUUGAAUCCGAACGCAAAUUUACGGAUGCCAAGUGCAAGAAAAUCGUGGAACUUAAGAACCUUGUAUGCGAUCAAGCCAUAGACUCAAAGGAAAAGAAGAGAAAUUUCGUCGUGAUUAAUCAAAAGGGUAUUGAUCCUCUAAGUCUGGACAUUUUAGCCAAGAAUGGCAUCCUCGCGCUUCGACGAGCCAAGCGACGGAAUAUGGAGCGCUUACAACUCGUCUGCGGAGGUGUCUCCCAGAACUCCGUUGAGGACUUGACGCCCGACGUUCUUGGUUGGGCGGGCCUCGUCUAUGAGCACACUCUUGGCGAGGAGAAGUACACUUUCGUCGAGGAUGUCAAGGACCCAAAGAGCGUGACGCUCCUGAUCAAGGGCCCUAACCCCCAUACAAUUCAACAGACGCAGGACGCACUCCGUGACGGUCUCCGCGCGGUGAAGAAUGCUCUAGAGGAUGAGGCUUUAAUACCGGGUGCGGGUGCCUUCGAGGUGGCAUGUGCGGCGCACUUGACAGGUCCCGUAAAGCGAAGCGCGAAGGGCCGCGUUAAGAUGGGUGUGGCUGCCUUCGCGGAAGCAUUAUUGGUGAUUCCGAAGACGCUUGCGGCGAACGGUGGGUAUGACGUUCAGGACGUAGUCAAUGCGCUACAGGAAGAGCAAGCUGAGGGAAACACUGUUGGUAUUGACCUACAAUCUGGCGAGCCUUUUGACCCAACAGUAGAGGGUAUCUGGGAUAACUACCGUGUAAAGAGACAGAUGCUACACUCUUGCUCCGUGAUAGCCGUGAAUCUCCUGUCGACCGACGAGAUUCUUCGUGCAGGUCGCAGUUCGUUAAAGCCUGAGGGACAGCAGUAG